GACUUGGCCUUUUGAUUGAAUGGUAAUUUGCGAUUAAAAUUAGUAAUAAUGUGGCCAAGCGAACACUGCUAUUGACUGCAGAUGAUACUGUUAGUUACGUCUAAAAAGCAAGUGUUUAGUACUGAUAGAAAUGAGCAACGUCAAGGCAUUUUUUCACCAAUGGUGUACAAAGAAGAGUGUUGUUCCUACUUUUGAAUGCAGAUCAACAGGACCGAAGAACAGACAAAGAUUCCUGUGUGAAUGUAGAGUGGAAGGAUAUGCAUAUGUCGGUGCAGGAAAUUCCAGCACCAAAAAAGAUGCGGAGAAAAAUGCUGCUAAAGAUUUUGUACAGUAUUUAGUUCGAACUGGGGUCGUGAAUGAAAAUGAGGUUCCAAAAGAUAGUUUAGAUGGCGCUGGCGCAGGGAUGCAGGAUGGUCAAACUCCCAGCGCCUCGCUGCCCGGUGCUCUCCCACCUCACAUGGCGCUCGGCCUCAACGCUAGGCCAGUGUUCCAACCCGGCCAAGGACCCAACACCAUUGGCUCAGCCUACACCCCUCUGCAGCGGGACGGCCAAACACCACAGACCUACCAUGACAUCAUCGCUGACCAGAAGCGAGUUGAAGAGGCCGAAGAUGUAGACAUGAAUGCUGCCAUUCAUGGAAAUUGGACUGUUGAAAACGCAAAAUCUAAACUUCACCAGUUUAUGAACGUCAAUAAAAUCAAGUCCGAGUACGCCUACACAACCGUAGGGCCUGAUAAUUUCAAGUCAUUCAUUUGUGAAAUGGGAUUCUUCGUAAAACAGCUAAAUAGAAAGGUGUUCGCACGAGAAGCAGGUUCUAACAAGCAGUCUGCGUCCAAGUCUUGCGCCCUGUCUUUAGUCAGACAACUGUUCCAUCUGGGAGUCAUCGAAGCGUUCAGCGGAACACUGAAGAAGAACAAGGAGGCUGAACAGAUCCCUGCCUACGAAGUGGCGGUCGACCCUGAACUGGAGAAUCAGAUUGUUGAAGUCCUGACUGACUUGAAGAUAAAUCCUAUUCUGAUCAGGGAAGACAGUAAGGAUCCGCAGUCCCUGUUGUCGGACCAAGUAUUGGAUGACUUUGUAGCCAGCAAGCCUCAACCCGCAGGUGUAGUGUCGUGGUCUCCGCCCCAACCCAACUGGAACCCCUGGACAGGCUGCAACAUAGACGAGGGACCUCUAGCUACAGUGAGCAUGGAUGAAAUCAGUGAGGACUUGUUGCGAGGCCAGAAAGAGCGAUUGAUGAGUGAUACGAAGCUACAGAGCAUGAUUGAGGCUAGGAACAAGCUGCCCGUGGCUGCUAAGAGAAAUGAAAUCAUGAACGCUAUCAACGAAAACCCGGUCGUUAUCAUCCGGGGAAAUACAGGCUGUGGCAAAACUACUCAGGUGUGUCAGUUUAUACUGGACGACUACAUUCAGUCCGGCCAAGGUGCGUACUGUAACGUCGUAGUGACUCAACCUCGUCGUAUCUCCGCUGUGUCGGUGUCGGACCGAGUGGCGUGCGAGAGAGUGGAAGAGUUAGGUGUGAGUUCUGGCUACUCUGUGCGAUUUGAGAGUUGCCUACCUCGACCCUACGGGGGAAUUAUGUUCUGCACUGUCGGUGUGUUGCUGCGCAAACUGGAAAACGGCUUGAGAGGAGUGUCGCAUGUCAUCGUAGACGAGAUUCACGAGAGAGACGUCAACUCAGACUUUGUGAUGGUGGUUCUCCGAGACAUGGUGCACACUUACCCUGAUCUCCGAAUUAUCCUCAUGUCGGCUACAAUCGACACCACUCUCUUCAGCAACUACUUCAACGGCUGUCCGGUUAUUGAAGUUCCCGGAAGAGCUUUCCCGGUGCAAGAAUACUUCCUGGAAGAUUGUGUGCAGAUGUUGAACUUUGUACCACCACCAGACACGAGGAAACGCAAAAGCGGAGGUGAUAAAGAAGACACACUCCCAGAGGAGUUUGAAGAGAAUUUAAACACUAAAGUCUCAGGAGAUUACAAUGAGGCGACUAGAAAAAGCGUUGCAGCUAUGAGUGAGAAAGAAAUUCCGUACGAACUUAUCGAUGCGUUGUUGAAGUAUAUCAAAGGUCUAGGAAUUCCAGGUGCUGUUUUGAUCUUCCUCCCUGGGUGGAAUGUUAUAUUCUCGUUGAUGAAGCAUUUACAACAGUCUCCAGUCUUUGGGGGUCCUGGCUACCUCAUUCUUCCCCUGCAUUCUCAGCUGCCUCGGGAAGAUCAGAGGAGGGUUUUUGAAUCGGUGCCGGAAGACGUCACCAAGAUUAUACUGUCUACCAAUAUCGCUGAGACCUCCAUCACUAUUGACGAUGUGGUUUAUGUGAUUGACAGUUGUAAGGCAAAGAUGAAGCUGUUCACUUCGCAUAACAACAUGACCAACUAUGCAACUGUGUGGGCAUCGCGUACCAACCUAGAGCAACGUAAAGGGCGAGCUGGCAGAGUCAGACCAGGAUUUUCCUUCCAUCUUUGCAGCAGAGCCCGAUACGCCAAACUAGAUGAACACAUGACUCCUGAAAUGUUCCGCACACCUCUGCACGAGCUUGCUCUCUCUAUCAAACUCCUACGACUCGGAGCUAUUCCACAGUUCCUCAGCAAAGCCAUUGAACCUCCACCCAUUGACGCUGUGAUCGAAGCUGAAGUUCUCCUACGUGAAAUGAAAUGUUUGGAUCGCAACGACGAGCUGACUCCUCUCGGAAAAAUUCUAGCCAAGUUACCGAUAGAACCGAGGUUGGGAAAAAUGAUGAUUCUGGGAGUGAUGUUCUUCUGUGGCGACGCACUUGCGACUAUUGCUGCCAACAGUUCCACAAUGCCUGAAGUAUUUGUCACUGAUCGGAGACUCAGCUAUCAACAAAGAGCGUUUGCAGGGACUCGUUAUUCGGACCAUGUCGCAAUGUUAAACGCUUUCCAAGCAUGGGAGGAUGUUCGGACGAACGGACCUCAAGCCGAAGCAAAUUUUUGCGAACACAAACAACUGUCCAUACCCACUCUCAGAGUGACGUGGGAAGCGAAGAAUCAACUCAGGGAUCUUCUAGUUUCUACUGGGUUCCCUGAAGAAGCCAUGAUUCCACAGGCGUACAACUUCAACGGGCUGGAUGCUAAACUUGACAUGGUCGUCGCACUACUCGCUAUGGGGCUGUAUCCAAACGUCUGCUUCCACAAGGAGAAAAGGAAAGUGUUGACCAUGGAAUCUAAAGCGGCCUUGAUCCACAAACAGUCGGUGAACUGCAGCAAUUUGCCACAAACAUUCCCCUCUCCGUUCUUUGUGUUUGGAGAGAAAGUGCGAACAAGAGCAGUCAGCUGUAAACAGACCACCAUGGUGACUCCGAUUCAUUUGUUGCUGUUUGGGUCGCGGAAAGUCGACUACUUGGAAGGAGUGAUUCGCCUUGACGGAUGGAUCAACCUGAAGAUGGACCCUCGUGUGGCAGCUGCCAUUGUCGCACUGCGGCCGGCCAUGGAGAGCCUGGUGGUGCGAGCUAGCAAGGAGCCGGAACUGAUCGCAGAGCCGACACCGCUGGAGGAGAAAGUGAUGAAUGUUAUCCGACAAUUGUGUAAACUCAACGCUGGACGACAUAACAUGGAGCAGAUAGGGCUGUCAGGGUUCCAAAGCAGACGACCGCCCCGAGAGUUUGGUGGGAGAGGAGGAUAUGACGGAGGACCUCCAAACAAGAUGUUUCGUGGAGGUGGAGGUGGAGGUGACAGGGGGUGGCGAGGCAGAGGUGACUUUGGAGGAGGCUUUAGAGGUCGCGGAGGAAUGGGCUGGGGUUUCAGAGGCAAUGAUGGCGGUGGUUAUCGAGGAGGCGGUGGAUUCCGAGGAGGGUUCAGAGGAAGAGGAGGAUACUAAACCUACGACAUCUUUGAUGUGUCGACUCACCUGUCAUAUUUUUUUGAUGUUAUUAACUCUUUAAGUGUAAUAUUUUUCAUUAUUUGAGAAAAAUCAGGUAAUGAGAACACAAACCUAAACAUUUUACCUAUGAAUAUAAACGCUUUUAAUCCUGAAGAAAUAAAUAUGCUUAAAUGAUGACAAUUUGGUAUCAUUGUUUUCAUUUUCCCUUAUACGUUGAAUGAAAAACAAGAAAUAUGUGAUGUGUUGAAUCAUUUAAGUUGGUUUUAAUUCUUUAUGUUUGUAAUUUUUUGUAUUAAUUUUUGUUGUAAGUCACUGUGGAAAAUUUUGUGUAAAAAUUCAUGAUUUUAGAAAAUUGAACUUAUAAAUAAGAAGAUUUUUAAAUGGUUUUUAUUGUUUUUAUUCUUGAUGAAAUAAAUAUGUCUGAAUAAUA